GGUUGGUUCUCCAACCUAAAGCAUUGGUCUAAAUUUCAGAUACUAAAAAUGGCUGAAGAAAGUUUAUUAGCUUCUCCAAGUAAAUCUUCUUCACUUCUCUCUGAGAUAUCAAAUGCCUCUACGAGACCUUUUCUUCUUGCCUUCACUGUUGGUUCUUGUGGCGCUUUCACCUUUGGUUGCAUUGUUGGAUAUACAGCUCCUACACAGUCAAGUAUCAUGAAAGACUUGAAUCUAUCCAUAGCUGAUUUUUCACUCUUUGGAUCGAUAUUGAACGUUGGACUAAUCCUUGGAGCAUUGAUCUGUGGCAAAUUAACAGAUUUGGUUGGUCGUGUCUACACAAUAUGGAUAACAAACAUCCUCGUUAUGAUCGGCUGGUUAGCUAUUGCAUUUGCCAAGGAUGUUUGGCUACUCGAUCUUGGAAGGUUAUUGCAAGGGAUCUCGGUCGGAAUUAGCUCAUAUUUGGGACCAAUUUACAUCAGCGAGAUAGCACCAAGAAACUUGCGAGGAGCUGCUUCUUCCUUAGUGCAGUUAUUCGCGGGAGUUGGUAUAUCGGUCGUUUAUGUACUCGGAACAGUAGUUGCUUGGCGCAAUUUAGCUAUUUUAGGAUCUAUACCUUCAUUAAUGGUUCUGCCUCUUCUUUUCUUCAUCCCCGAAUCUCCUAGAUGGCUAGCUAAAGUAGGGAGGGAAAAGGAGGUUGAGGCGGUUUUGCUAACCUUGCGAGGAGCAAAAUCUGAUGUAUCAGAUGAAGCAGCAGAGAUAUUAGAAUAUACACAACAUGUGAAACAACAACAAGACGUCCAUGGCCAUGGUCUCUUCAAGCUGUUUCAUCGAAAAUACGCGUUACCACUUACGAUUGGAGUUGGUCUUAUAUCUCUACCUCAGCUUGGAGGUCUUAAUGGUUAUACCUUUUUCACUGACUCCAUUUUCACCUCUACCGGUGUAUCAAGUGACGUUGGAUUCAUAUUGACGUCUAUUGUUCAGAUGUCUGGAGGCGUUUUAGGUGUUCUGCUUGUGGAUAUAUCCGGAAGACGUUCUCUCCUACUAGUUUCUCAAGCUGGAAUGUUCUUGGGUUGUCUUGCAACAGCCAUUUCAUUCUUCUUGCAGAAAAACAAUUGCUGGGGAACUGGAACACCAAUAUUGGCUCUUAUUAGUGUUAUGGUGUAUUUUGGAUCAUACGGAUUAGGCAUGGGACCGAUACCAUGGAUCAUAGCAUCAGAGAUUUAUCCGGUAGAUGUGAAGGGAGCAGCGGGGACAAUUUGUAACUUGGUUAGCUCUAUAAGCUCAUGGCUCGUUUCUUACUCCUUCAACUUCUUGCUUCUGUGGAGUUCCACUGGAACAUUUGUGAUAUUUGCCAUAGUGAUGUGCAUUGGAUUGGUGUUCACAGCCAAGCUUGUUCCAGAGACCAAAGGCAAAUCUUUAGAAGAGAUUCAAUCCCUUUUCACUGAUCCUCCUCCUGAAGAUUCUAAUGUUUUCUAAGAAAUAAACAAUAAACAUACACAUAAACCGAUCAGAGUUAUAUUUUCAUUUUAUAUUUUACCAUUGGUCCAUGUGCACAUAAAUACCUAUUUUCUAAAUAGGUCCAUAAAAUUUAAGGCUUUAUGUACGUACAGGUCUGUUUAAACAUCAUCAUUAAUAUAUGUUCUUGUUAUA